GAAGAAAGAGAAGCCAGGCAUCGGGCUGGGGGGGGGGUGAAGGGCAAAACAGUGAUGCGAAAAUUUCCACGGAUCAGAGAGUGUUUGAGUAUUUAAAGCAGGUAAACGAGAGCGAUGGUGCCCUCUCUCAGGCUCUCACCGUGCCAUCGCCUCCAUAAGCACCACUUUCCUCUGCUCCACUAUCAUCCUUCCCUGCGAUUCAUUUCUCAUCCUCCGCACUGAUGGCCUCCUCUCCCCUGUCCUCCCCUUUUCUGCACCUUCAGUCUCCUCCCGCCUACAAAUCCCCCCGUCGCUCCCCUCCCUCUUCCUUCUUCAUUCGUCCCGUCCGAGCCUCCCUCUCCGACACACCCUCCGUCUCCGUUCCCCCGGUGUCAGUGUCUCACGACCGCCCUAAGCUUCCUCUUCGCCAAAUCCCCGGAGACUAUGGUAUCCCCAUCAUUGGUCCCUACAAGGACCGACUCGACUAUUUCUACAACCAAGGUCGUGACGAAUACUUCAAAUCAAGAAUCCACAAGUAUCAGUCAACGGUGUUCCGCGCCAAUAUGCCCCCUGGGCCUCUGAUCUCUCCUGACCCCCGAGUCGUCGUCUUGCUCGACGGCAAGAGUUUCCCUGUCCUCUUUGAUGUCACCCAGGUCGACAAGAAAGAUCUUUUCACCGGCACUUACAUGCCUUCCACCGAACUCACCGGCGGCUACCGAGUUCUCUCCUAUCUCGACCCCUCCGAGCCCAAACACGGUCCGCUCAAGCGCCUUAUGUUCUUCCUCCUCAAGUCUCGUCGCGAUCAUGUCAUCCCCGAGUUCCAUUCCUGCUACACUGGCCUCUUCGAGAACUUAGAAAGCGAGCUCGCCGCCCGAGGGAAAGCAAAUUUCGUAGACGCCCACGAUCAAGCCGCCUUUGACUUUCUGGCUCGCGCUCUUUAUGGGUCCAGCCCCGCUGACACCAAACUUGGAUCGGACGGUCCGAAGCUCGUUCAGAAAUGGGUGCUGUUCCAACUCAGUCCUAUUCUGAUUCUGGGCCUUCCCAAACUCAUCGAAGACUCUAUAUUCCACAGCUUCCGUCUUCCCCCGUUCUUGGUGAAAUCCGAUUACCAGAGGCUGUACGAUUUCUUCCACGACUCCUCCGGGUUCGUGCUGGACGAAGCAGAGCGGCUGGGAGUGUCGAGAGAUGAAGCCUGCCACAACCUCCUAUUCGCCACGUGCUUCAAUUCCUUCGGAGGAAUGAAGCUUUUCUUCCCGAACGUAAUGAAGUGGAUCGGAAGAGCAGGGGUGAAACUGCACACGGAAUUAGCGGAGGAGAUCAGAUCGGCGGUGAGAUCCGAGGGCGGACAGGUGACGAUGGAAGCGAUGGAACGGAUGCCAUUGAUGAAAUCGGUGGUGUACGAAGCGUUCCGGAUAGAGCCGCCGGUGCCGUUACAAUACGGGAGGGCAAAGCGAGACUUGGUGAUAGAGAACCACGAGAACAGGUUCGAGGUGAAAGAAGGGGAGCUAUUAUUUGGGUAUCAGCCAUUCGCGACCAAGGAUCCCAAAAUAUUCGAGAGAGCAGAAGAGUUCGUGGGGGAUAGGUUUGUUGGGGAGGGUGAGAGAUUGCUGAAGCACGUGCUGUGGUCGAACGGACCGGAGACGGAGUCUCCGACGGUGGAGAACAAGCAGUGCGCGGGGAAGGAUUUUGUAACGUUGGUGACGAGAUUGCUGGUGGUGGAGCUGUUCCUCCGGUACGAUUCAUUCGAGAUCCAAGCCGGAACGUCGCCUUUGGGUUCCUCCAUAACCGUCACAUCUCUCAAAAGAGCUAGCUUUUAGACGGAGCCUCGCCGAGCUCACAAAUUCUCCACUCCCUUCUACUGCCAUCUUCAACGUGCAUUGUAUUAGUCGCCCUUUGUUUUUGUACGUAUUUCACCGGGUUUGAGUAAAUAUAGAUCUAAUUUAAUGUGAUUUUUUUGUUCUAAAGAAGAGAUUAUAAUGAAUUAAAUUCAUCUCCUUCUCUCAA